CAAGUGUCUACAGGAGAAGGGGUUACUAGCCCAUUGCUCCCGGCAUUUUAGUCGCCUCAUACGACACGCAUGGCUUACGGAGGAAAGAUUCUUUUCCACUUCCCCAUGGACAAUAGAAGAAAUAAAGAAGAACAAGAACUAUUUAGAAAAAGGAGAAAAACCUAGAUAAUAUUAAAAGAAGCCAGAGUGGAUGGAUUCAAUAAGCCAAGAUGACAAUGGGGGAGGCAGAAAGAUGGGGUUGGCACGACUUGCAAAAACUCGCAGUUUGUCGAGCAGUUUAAAUAGUCUGCCAAUGGAAGGAAAGCCAGAGGAGAAAGAUGAUUGUACUAACAACACAUGCACCCUAAUAUCAUCUCUAAAUCGUCCUGUUAUCCUUGUUACCCCAACCCAAUCAACCACAUUUCCUUCAGACAUCAACAAUGUUCAUGACACCGAGAGGUCACUUGAUCCUUCGUAUGAUGUUCAAGCAUCACCUCUGCGAAGCCUUACUAAGCAGAAUGCAACAGUAAACUUAUUGCCAAACAAAAUGAAUGUGUCAGAACUGAGUGGUCAGCAGGCAUGUGAUCGAAAAGGUAAAGGUGUAAAUAUGGAGGAAGACUUGGUGUCCCUGGAUUCAGUAGGGCAUACUCAUGUUCCAUGCAGUGAUCCAGAUUUUAUUCGUAAUGCAAAAUCUGGAAUAAGGGUAAACCAGUGUAACUCUGUUACAAAUCAGAGAGAUGCUGCUGGUAGCAAUGAACAGCAAGGUGACAAAUCUGUUAGUGCAACUGAUAAAGAUUCUCCCAAAAUCAAGAGGGAAAGUACAUCUAGUGUAACACCCAAGUUGUCUCCCCUACUUUCUCGCCGUUCCCGUUUGGCUCCGCCCCAGAUCAAGCGCUCAAGUUCAAUGACUCGUCUAACAGAAGCUAUUAAUCAGAUCCACAAUCUGUGUGUGUUUCCAGCCCAGCCAGUUGUCGUAGAGCAAACAUGUGAAGGGUUGUCAGAGCGCACUUCACACACAUCACCAUCUGUACAGCAGCCAAUGUCUGAGGUAAUCAGUAGUGUUACCCUUACACCACUCAUUGUCACAUCCUCUAGAAUUGACAAAGUGUGUACCCAGUCUCCCAAGCUCUCCAGACACCCAGCAUUUAGGGAAAACCUAAAAGAAAAUAAAAAAUCAUGCAUGGAUUCUCAUGAUAUUUUUGCAUCCCGGUAUGAUAGAGUUCCUAAUUCCAGAACUGAUCUAGAAUAUAUAAUACAUUCACAAAGUGUGUGUAGUCCAGAUGAAGUGUUAUCUAGUCAGCCUAAUUCUAAAGUUACAGAGAAUGGUUUUUAUGCUUUUCCUUUGAGAACUAAACAUCAAAUAGAUAGUGCUGUUAGUAAAGCUUCAAGCACAAAUUGUGGACUUCUGGAUGUUGGGAGUUCCAGGAAUGUUAACAACAUACACAGGUCACAUAUCACUAAAGAUGAAAAGAAAAUAAGAAAGAAGAGUGAUCAGAGAAGUACUAACAUCCUGAAGAACAACAGUGGUCCUGCCGAAUUAAAGCAUGCAAGCACUGCUCCAGACAGAUUAGCGAAUGAAGAUGAUCACCCCUUUUAUAGUGCAUCAUGCCUACAGCCAGAACUGGAGCAAGGUUUUAGCAGUCGUUCAGCAUCGUGGUAUGGAUACAAGAAAACUUCUGUUAGCUCCGAAGGAAGUGAAGGAGGUCAUGAGGAUCAUAAUUUAGCAGAAUCUCCCCUUCAUACAUGCCGAUCAGCAUCUUUAGAUGAACUAAACAACAUUGACCACUCCUAUGGGCUUCCUAUAAUAUCACCAGUGGAUGCAAAGAAAAAGAACUAUCUUUUUGGAGGGCUGAGUAGCCUGCUUGGGGCAUCAGAGUUAGACCGCUACUUUCCUACACGCAGCAUUAACAUCUUUAUAGCGACUUGGAACAUGAAUGGCAAGGAACCACCAAUGAAUUUAGAAGCAUUUUUACUUCCUGAAGAAAUGGACCACAUGCCUGACAUGUUUGUUGUUGGUACACAAGAGUCUGGUGGUAGUCGGUCUGAGUGGGAGGUACGCUUACAAGCUACCAUUGGUCCUUCUCACGUGCUCUUUACCUCAGCUAUAUUUGGUGUUCUCCAUCUCACCAUAUUCCUACGUAGAGAUCUGCUCUGGUUCUGCUCUGUUCCAGAGGAAGCAACCUACAGUCUUCGUCCUGGUAUUGCUUACAAAACCAAAGGUGGUGUUGGAAUAGGUUUCCAGUUCUUUGGUACAAGAAUCCUCUUCAUAAACUCACAUUUAACAGCUCAUGAAGAGAAGCAAGCCCUGCGAAUCCAAAAUUUCCGUAAUAUAACUCGUUCCCUUGACUUGCCACGCCUCUUGCCUCACAAACACAAGCAUAAAGAUGUCACUCAUCGCUAUGAUAGUGUCUUCUGGCUGGGUGAUCUGAACUUUCGUCUUGCUGUGAAUCGUGAUCAUGUUUUCGAACGCUUAAAGAAGGCUGGACCUGAGACUUAUCAACAUCUUCUGCAGUGGGAUCAGCUGUCUCAGGCUCGACAUAAAGGUGAAGCCUUCAGUGAAUUUGAGGAAGGCCCAAUUACCUUUGCUCCAACAUUCAAGUAUGACCCUGGUACUGACCAUUAUGACACAUCUUCCAAGCAGCGUGUUCCAUCAUAUACUGACAGGAUACUGUUUAAGAGUAAUCGAGGAGCUAUUACAUGCUAUAGCUAUGAUUCCUGCCCAUUGUUCAAAACAUCAGACCAUAAGCCUGUCCUAGGAGCCUUUCAUUGCAAAAUUAGACCAGGCAAAGAUGAUGUUCCCCUGGCAGCUGGGUUAUUUAACCGGGAUGUAUAUCUAGAAGCUUUAAGACGUCGACGCCGAUUCCUGUAUCAGCCAGCCAUGCGUAACUGUCCAGUGCAAUAAAUGUCAGAUUACUGUUCAUUGCUGUACACAGAUUUUUAUUGUAAGCUAUUACUUUUUUAAUGAAACAACAAUGCUACUUAUAAAAAAUAUUGUUAUUGAUUUAUUGUUCAUGUUUUAUAAUUCUGUGGAUAUAAUGGCAUGUACUACUUAUGAUAUGACUUCUAAAGUAUCUUUUUAAGAAUCUCUGACACAAGUAAUUCAUCAGUGUUUCGCUCUGCCAAAUUUUAGCAAUUUUUUAUUUUGAGUAUGAGAUAAUAGUAUAUCUGUACUAUAUAUAAAGCACUGGGAUUUAAACAUUGCUGCAAGGAGGAGGAUGAAGGCAGUGGAAAUAUCAUGUUUGAGUGCAGUGUGAAUAUUAUGCAGAGAAUUCAUAGAGUGGAGGUUAGAAAACAAUGUGGGUUUUUCAAAAGUAUAUUCAGAGGGUUGAGGAGGGGUUGUUGAGGCUUGAACUUUUAGAAAUGAUGGAACACAAUAGAAUAAGAGAGUAUAUAAAUCUGGGGUGGAAGGAAGGAGGGUAGGGGUCCUAGGAAGGGUUGGAGAAAGGAAGUACAUACUGGUUUUGAGUACUAAGGGGCUUUAACAUCCAAUCUUCCUGUGUGUGUUAGAGCAGAGUAAGUGAAGACAAGUUAUUUUUAUGAUGACAUGCUAUUGGAAUGUGAGUAAGGUAACAUUUAUGGAGAGAUUUAGGGAAGCCAGUUAAUUGAAAUUGAGCCCUGGAAAUGGUAAGUACACCAAGUCCUCACUUAAAACGUCAUUUCGUUAUAACAUUGACAAAAAAAAAAAUAGAUUCCCAGCCAAGGCUGUGUGGAGUUUGUGCAUUCUUUCCAUGUGUGUGUGGGUUAGCUUUGAGUACUACGGUUUCCUCCCACAUCCCAUAGAUGUGCAUGUUAGGUUAAUUCUUGUGUCUACGUUGUCCCAGUAUGAGUGUGUGUGUGUGCGCGCGCGCACCCUGCCCGCCCACCCUGCAAUGGAAUGGCAUCCUAUCCAGGGUUAUUUCUGAACUGCAUGGUGGUACAAGGUACUCCUUACAAUUUUUG